AUUUGGGCGGACGUCCCGCCCUCCAGCUGUUGCCGGGCUGAGGCGGGGCGGUAGCUAUGGCGGCUGUGCCCGAAGUGCAGCGGCUACAGGCCCGCGUAGAGGAGCUGGAGCGCUGGGUGUACGGACCGGGUGGGUCGCGCGGCUCGCGGAAGGUGGCUGAUGGCCUGGUCAAGGUGCAGGUAGCUUUGGGGAACAUCUCGAGUAAGAGAGAGAGAGUGAAGAUUCUGUUCAAGAAGAUCGAAGACCUGAUCAAAUACCUGGAUCCUGAGUACAUUGACCGCAUUGCCAUACCUGAUGCCUCUAAGCUGCAGUUCAUCUUAGCAGAGGAGCAGUUUAUCCUCUCCCAGAUUGCACUUCUGGAGCAGGUGGAGGCGUUGGUGCCCAUGCUGGACAGCGCUCAUAUCAAAGCCGUUCCUGAGCAUGCCGCCUGCCUGCAGCGCUUGGCCCAGAUCCACAUCCAGCAGCAGGUAUGGGAGGGGAGAGAAAGGGAAGGUGGUGAGGCACCUAGUCCCCACCCAGCCGCCUGGGGAAGCAGCCUCAGGCUACCCUGAGAUCAGCUCCAGGGGAAACUUGGCGGUCUAUCCUUCAUUCCCAUCAGCCUUAGAGAGGGGGAGGGACUUGCCCAGGGCCACAUCCAGGUCUCCUGCCUCCCAAAGUAGGGUUACUCUGAAACACCAAAAGGUUGAGUUGGGAGGUAUCCAAGAAUCCCUGGGGAUGGUGUAUCCUUUUCUGUGGGUGGAGAAGCUGUGUGUGUGUGUGUGUGUGUGUGUGUGUGUGUGUGUGUGUGUUUCACUAUUCCCAGGCUCUGGUGUAAAUCCAAAAGGGGUUCAGAAAUAGAGGACGGGAGGAGGUGAUAUAUACUAGUGGAAAUGUUUCCUUAAAUGUGUGGUCCGUUCCUCCUUCCAUCAGCUUUAAAACUGCUAUUUGUGUACCCAUUUUGGAGCCUGAAAGUACCCCGUUAGAAAUCUGCUUCUUUUGGCUCUGGGGUUAAGCGUCACCUCUAU